AUGGCUUCAGUGGUUUUGUUAAAAUUCCACGUACAGAAUCAGAAUGUCAGCUAUGAGGCAAGUGCAGACAGAGAAGUAAUAGAAAAAUUUCUUCAACAAUUUGAUAAAAUCAUAGAGAAAGGCCUGGACCUGGUUCCCGUCUCCCAAGACGCCAGAGGGCGCCGCAGGCUGCUCCCGGAAGCCAACAGCCCUAAGGUGGGACAGCACCUGACGCCAGACUCUUCUGCCUUCCGGAGGCGGAGAGGCGAACCCGCGGGGAGUAGCUGGAAACCUAGGCAGAAGCUGGGACGAUCGCCGCCCGGCGUGGACAGCCUGGACGAGCCGCCCAACAGCCGCAUCUUCCUGGUCAUCAGCAAGUACACGCCCGAGGCGGUGCUGCGGGAGCGCUUCUCCCGCUUCGGCGAGAUCCAGGACAUCUGGGUGGUGCGGGACAAGCGCACCAAGGAGUCCAAGGGCAUCGCCUUCAUCAAGUUCGCGCGCAGCUCGCAGGCCUGCAGGGCGAUGGAGGAGAUGCACGGACAGUGCCUGGAGCCCAACAACACCAAGCCCAUCAAGGUGCAGACGCGGGGCGCGGGGCGCGGGGCCUCAGUCUCUUCACCCAGUCCUUCUCCCUUAGAUGCUUCUGCAGAGCACAGCGGCCAGGGCCAGGAAGCUACCUCCAAAUGCCUAUUUGUUUUGUCAAGAGUUCCUUUCACUGAGGAGCAGCUCUUCAGCAUUUUUGAUAUAGUACCAGGAUUGGAGUAUUGUGAAGUUCAAAGAGAUCUUUAUUCAACUUAUGGUCAUGGAGUGGUUCACUAUUUUAAUGUAGCAUCGGCUAUUUAUGCAAAGUACAAGUUCCAGGGAUUUCAGUACCCUCCUGGGAAUUGGAUAGGUGUUUCCUUCAUUGAUGAUGGAAGUAAUGUGACAGAUCUCCUUAGAAAAAUGGCCACAGGGAUGGUAGCUGCACAGCUUGCCUCAGUGGUGUGGAAUAACCCAAGCCAGCAGCAAUUUCUGGGAGACCGGGUGUAUACAUUGAAGAAAUUUGACCCAAUGGGACAACAGACAUGCUCAGCCCAUCCUGCUCGGUUCUCCCCAGAUGACAAGUACUCGCGACACCGAAUCACCAUCAAGAAGCGCUUCAAGGUGCUCAUGACCCAGCAGCCGCGCCCUGUCCUCUGA